AUGUCUGAUCAACAAUCAUACUGUCGUCCUGAUCAAGGUGUACCACCUUAUCUUCUCUGUCGAAAGGAUCCUGAUCCAAGUCUUUACAGCGAUGGAGCUUCAAGAAUUUUCGAUGCCAAUCUGUCAAUGACAUCAGCCAAGGACACUGAUUAUUUAUCUGUGGCAUUAAAUUCGCACACAAUCUCGUCUCUUAGCAUUUGGUGA